UCCUCCUGCUCCUCCUCCGCUUCCUCCUCCUCCAUCACCAUCACCGCGCCUCCUCCAUGUGCCGAAGCAGCAGCAGCAGCAGCAGCAGUCGGGGAACCAUGCCCUGGCACUGGCUGGCACUAGCCCUGGCGUUGGCACAGUGGCCUGGCCCUGGUGCGUGCCAGCGUGGCGGCCCCGACCCGUCCAAGUACCCGACGGUCACCACCAAUUACGGCAAGCUGCGGGGCAUCAAGAAGGAGCUGAACAACGAGAUCCUGGGGCCCGUGGAGCAGUUCCUGGGCGUGCCCUACGCCACCGCGCCUAUCGGCGACCGCCGCUUCCAGCCACCCGAGGCGCCGGGCUCCUGGCAGGAGGUGCGCAACGCCACGCAGUUCGCGCCCGUGUGCCCGCAGAACAUCCACGGCGUGCUGCCCGAGAUCAUGCUGCCCGUGUGGUUCACCGACAGCCUGGACGUGGCGGCCACGUACGUCCAGAACCAGAGCGAGGACUGCCUCUACCUCAACGUCUACGUGCCCACCGAGGACGGUCCGCUCACAAAAAAACACGAUGAAUCUUCGACGAACAGGCCGAAAGACGAAGACAUCCGAGACCGCCGGAAGAAGCCGGUCAUGCUCUUCAUCCACGGCGGUUCCUACAUGGAAGGCACCGGAAACAUGUUUGACGCCAGCGUCCUCGCCGCCUAUGGCAACGUCAUCGUGGUGACCAUGAACUACCGUCUGGGCGUGCUCGGCUUCUUGAGCACAGGCGACCAGUGUAGUGUCCAGCUCCGUGUUGAAGGUAGUGUCCAGCUCCGUGUUGAAGGUGUAGUGUCCAGCUCCGUGUUGAAGGUAGUGUCCAGCUCCGUGUUGAAGUGUGCGUGCGUGUGUGUCCGUCCACUCUCCUGCCCUGUCCUCUCCUCCUCGGUCAACCCAGGCUUAUUCCAGAGGGCCAUCGCUCAGAGCGGCUCAGCCAUCUCCAGCUGGUCCAUCAACUACCAGCCCCUCAAGUACACCAAGAUCCUGGCCCGCAAGGUGGGCUGCACGUACGGCGAGACGGCCGACCUCGUCGACUGCCUGCGCCGCAAGAACUUCCGCGAGCUCGUGGACCAGGACAUCCAGCCCGCCCGCUACCAUAUCGCCUUCGGACCCGUCGUUGACGGCGACGUUGUGCCGGACGACCCAGAGAUCCUCAUGCAGCAGGGGGAGUUCCUCAACUAUGACAUCCUGAUCGGUGUGAACCAGGGCGAGGGCCUGAAGUUCGUGGACGACGGCGGCUCGGAGAGCGAGGAGGGCAUUUCGGCCGCAGCGUUCGACUACACUAUCUCCAACUUUGUGGACAAUCUUUAUGGAUACCCAGAGGGUAAAGACAUCCUCAGGGAGACCAUCAAGUUCAUGUACACGGACUGGGCCGACCGUGACAACGGCGAGAUGCGCCGCAAGACUCUGCUGGCGCUAUUCACCGACCACCAGUGGGUGGCGCCAGCGGUCGCCACGGCCAAGCUCCACGCCGACUACCAGUCGCCCGUCUACUUCUACACCUUCUACCACCACUGCCAGACGGAGACGCGGCCCGAGUGGGCUGACGCGGCGCACGGCGACGAGAUCCCGUACGUGUUCGGCGUGCCCAUGGUGGGCGCCACUGACCUGUUCCCCUGCAACUUCUCCAAGAACGACGUCAUGCUGAGCGCCGUGGUCAUGACCUACUGGACCAACUUCGCCAAGACCGGGGAUCCCAACUUGCCCGUGCCCCAGGACACCAAGUUCAUCCACACCAAGCCCAACCGCUUCGAGGAGGUCAUCUGGACCAAGUUCAGCUCCAAGGACAAGCAGUACCUGCACAUCGGCCUCAAGCCGCGCAUCCGCGACAACUACCGCGCCAACAAGGUGGCCUUCUGGCUAGAGCUGGUGCCUCACCUGCACAACCUCCACGAGGAGCUCCUGAGCUCGACCACCACCCGCGUGCCACCCGGCACUGCCCGCACGCCCCACUGGAAGCCCAGCGGGCCGCGCACCACGCGCCACCCGUACCCCACCUACCCGCCAGAGACAGACCCAUACGGUUCGGAGCGCCCGCGCGUCUCACCCUUCCCCGACGACACGCGCGACUACUCCACGGAGCUCAGCGUCACGGUGGCCGUGGGCGCCUCGCUGCUUUUCCUCAACAUCCUGGCUUUCGCCGCACUCUACUACAAGCGCGACAAGCGCCACGAAAUGCGUCGGCACCGGCUUUCGCCGCAGCGCGGCAUGGGCAUGGGCAUGGGGCUGGGCAUGGGUGUGGGCGGCAUCGGCGGCAUCGUGGGCGUGGGCGGCGGCGCUAACGACCUGGCGCACAGCCAGGAGGAGGAGAUCAUGUCCAUGCAGAUGAAGCAGUCGGAGCACGACGCGCACCACGACCUGGAGCCACUGCGGCCGCACGACAUCCUGCGACCGGCCUGCCCGCCCGACUACACACUGGCGCUACGGCGCGCGCCCGACGACGUGCCCCUCAUGACGCCCAACACCAUCACCAUGAUCCCCAGCUC